GGAUAGAAGGCCUGAGUCUUCAUAGAGCAAAGCAGAGAGGGAAAGGGAGAGAGAAGGUAUGGGUAAUGAAGACUCAAGGUUGUCUGGGAGCAAGAAAGGCAGAGAGAUCGGCCCUGAGAAUAUCAGUCAUAAGUUUUGCAGGCUGCCUGCGAAAAUAGGACCAUGUAGGGGUUCCUUUCAUUUCUACUACUACGACUCAACCACCAAGACUUGUGAGAUGUUUCACUAUGGGGGCUGCGGGGGCAAUGACAACAGAUUUCUCACCAAGCAGGAAUGCUUGAGAGUCUGUGGAGAAACAGAAAUGUCCACUGUACAGUGAGUCGCUGACUAUCCCUGGGGUCCGGCCCCACCAUCCAGCCCCACAGACCCAGGAGUGGACGCCCACAUGCCACUAAGCCCCUCUUGCCCCAUGCCUCCAGUCUCUCUGCAUCUUU